UGACCGAAACGCUCUCGAGAAUUCAGCAGUGGUAGUGGCCAGAACACAGAUAACUUUCGAAGGUGACAAGCAGCAAACAAAUUUUCCGUUCUCGCCGAGUCUUGUUGUUUUAGGGAAUAUUUUCCAAUUCGAAAACUAUUGCGUUUUAGUUCCUUCACAGUCGCAAGACGCGUAAUAUUCGAUCGGUGCAACGGUGAACAGAAUCGACAGCGGGAAAACCGAACGCGACGAACUCAGCUGAUUGAAUGAAAACCCCAAGCUGAGCAGCAGCCACAAUUGCCCCAACCAGCGCUCAUUGAGAGAGUGCGCCAGCGAGAGAGAGAGAGCGAGCAACAAGCAACUGCAGAGCGAGAAGAGCUGUAAGUCGGGCUUCCAAGAUGGGUGCUGGUGAUGCGGAGAACGGCAAGAAGAUCUUUGUGCAGAAGUGCGCCCAGUGCCACACCUUCGAGGUGGGCGGCAAACACAAGGUGGGCCCAAAUCUGGGCGGGAUUGUGGGUCGCAAGUGUGGCACAGCAGCGGGAUACAAGUAUACCGAUGCCAAUAUAAAGAAGGGCGUUACCUGGACAGAGGGCAAUUUAGACGAGUACCUCAAGGACCCGAAGAAGUACAUUCCUGGAACGAAGAUGGUGUUCGCAGGUCUCAAAAAGGCUGAGGAGCGGGCUGAUUUGAUUGCCUUCCUCAAGACAAACAAGUAAGAAUUACCUGCGAAACAACAAGAUCGGCAACCAAGCUAUCCGGAACACUGCGCUAAAGGAAUACGCCGAGACUUUUCAAAAUAUGCCGCAUGCCCUUGGUUUUCUAAACUUUGAUUGGCAAUGGCCAAACUCAAAUACAUUU